UUUUAUGGCCAUAGAGUAAAAAAUCCGUGGACCCACAGCUUUAUCUUUGAUUGAGAUAAGUUCCAUUUUGAUGGAAAGCAAAAGCAGAACAGCUUUGUAUUUAUAAGGAAAACACAGACUUUAAAGAAACGUAUUUUCCAUCUCCACCAGCAAAGACAGAGCAGAGUCAUGGAGGCGAUUGUUUUAUACCCAUCACCACCUAUUGGCCACUUGGUUUCCAUGGUAGAGUUGGGCAAAUUCAUACUUACUUGCCAUCCUUCAUGUCGUAUCCACAUACUCAUCACCACCCCACCUUACAGAGCCGAUGACACCGCCCCAUAUAUUGCCUCUGUCUCUGCCACUACUCCCUCCAUCAUCUUCCACCAUCUCCCAACUAUCUCUCUCCCUCCCUCCUCCACUUCCUCUCCCAACCAUGAAACCCUAACCUUUGAGGUCCUUCGGCUCAACAACCCCAACGUCCACAAAGCCCUCCUUUCCAUCUCCAACAACUUUACUGUUCAAGCUUUUAUCAUGGACUUCUUCUGUGGUCUUGGGCUUUCUGUUGCUACUGAUCUGAAUAUCCCAGGAUAUUUUUUCUUCACAUCUGGUGCAGGAUGCCUAGCUUCCUUUCUUACACUCCCUGCUAUUCACAAAAACACUGACAAGAGCCUCAAAAACCUUAACACCCUUCUCACUAUUCCAGGAGUACCACCAAUACCUUCCUCUGAUAUGCCAAAACCAGUUUUGGUACGUAAUGACAAGGCCUAUGAGUGCUUCCUAGAAAACUCAACACAAUUACCCAAAUCAGCUGGGAUUAUCGUGAACACGUUUGAAUCACUCGAAUCUAGGGCCAUCAGAGCAAUAUCAGAUGGACUAUGCUUGCUUGAAGAUGUUCCCACACCACCCAUCUUUUGCAUAGGUCCGUUAAUCUUUGCUCACAAUCAAAGAGGUGGUGGUAAUGAUGAUGUGCCUGAGUGUUUGACAUGGCUGGACUCACAGCCAAGUGGCAGUGUGGUCUUCCUCUGUUUUGGAAGCUUAGGAUUGUUUACAAAGGAGCAGUUGGGGGAAAUAGCUGCGGGGUUAGAGAGGAGUGGCCAAAGGUUCUUGUGGGUUGUCCGUAAUCCACCUUCUCAUAAUCAAAGCGUUGCUAUUGCAGGCCAAGUGGAUCCGGAUUUGGAUUAUUUGCUUCCAGAUGGUUUUUUGGAUAGAACUAAGGAUAGGGGUCUUGUAGUGAAGUCAUGGGCACCACAAGUGGCAGUGCUGAAUCAUGAUUCAGUAGGUGGGUUUGUGAGUCACUGUGGGUGGAACUCGGUGUUGGAGGCAGUGUGUGCUGGGGUGCCAAUUGUGUCUUGGCCACUCUAUGCAGAGCAGAGAUUUAAUAGGGUUAUUUUGGUGGAGGAAAUAAAGAUUGCUUUGCCAAUGAACGAGUCACUAGAUGGUUUUGUAAAUGCAACAGAGGUGGAGAAGCGAGUUAGAGAGUUGAUGGACUCGGAGAAAGGAGAGUCAAUCAGGAAGAGGACCAAGGCCUUGAAGAGUGAAGCAAAUGCUGCUCUGAGUGAAGCCGGGACAUCUCGGAUUGCAUUAACUAAACUUGUCGAAUCAUGGAAUCAAGGCUGAGUUGAGUAUAUCCAACCAGGUGUGAGCUAUUUAAUACAACUCUUGACCAGUAUGUAAGGAGCAUUCCCUAGUAGCUCGAGCUAUGUGUACUACUGCUUCAUGUUGGCCAUGGACCUGAACUAUACGGCCUCUUUUUGCAUCAUUCACCUUACCCUGGCCUGUAGCAGAUGGUCAUUUUGGUUGAGAUGCAGGUUACUGAAAUUACUUAUGGAGUCUGCAACUUCAUUUUAAAUAUUCUACGGAUAGGAAUGCUACUAUUUUCACCCAUGUGGACUUGGGUGAUUAGUGUGAUCAUGUAAUUCUCUAUUUGUUUACGAUAAAUGGUUUUGGUAUAAUCUAGAAACAUGAUCGUUUGCUUA